AUGAGAGUUUCAAAAUAUUGGUACGAACGAGUACUUGCAGUUCCAAUGGUAUUAUCCAUACACGAUCGUGGUAAUGGUGAAGCUCUUUCAAAAUUGAAAAGUAUUACAUCCACUGGCAACACAUUCAACAUUACCGAUCUCUCCGUCUCUGGUAAAAACGAGAUACCUUCCGUCACUGAAAUCAUUCAUUUAAUCACGCAAAGUAACAAAUUUAACAAUCUCAAGGUAUUGCAACUCAGCGAUUGUGCUCUUGAAAAAAACCAUAUUUAUGAAAUUGUUUCUGGAUGUUUCAAGUCAUUGAAUGCUUUAAUUUUAUACCAUGCAGACAAAUGCAUUGAUGGAGAGUGUGCCAGUAUCAUUGCAAACAGUGUGCAUAUGAGAGAAUUACGUGACCUAAUGUUAACAACUGAAUUUGGAGACGACAGUUUGCGAGCAUUAUGUAACAGUGCACACAUCAAAAAUCUCAAUUUUUUAGAUUUAAGCGAUUCUAGCGUGAGCAAAGAGGGAGUCUUUAUUCUUGCGAAUUGUGCAUCAAUGAGUACCUUGACAGAUUUGAAUCUUGGAUAUAAUGCGUUUGGUGAAGAAGGUUCGAAAGCGAUUGCAAACAGUGCCUUUUUGAAAAACUUGAACAUUUUGAAUAUCCCUUCUUGUGAAAUUGGGAGAAGUGGAGCUCAAUUGCUGUUUAAAAGCCCUAAUUUAAAAAAUGUUACAGAGUUAUUUGCUGGACAAAAUGAAAUUGGGAAUGAAGGAGUUUUAGCUCUUUGCGAAAACGAGUUUUCGAAGAACAUUACUGAUUUAUAUUUGACAGACAAUGCCAUCACUAACCAAGGCGUCUCUUUUUUGACCAACAACAGUACAAACAUGAAUAAUCUCGUCAAACUACACCUUGACGAUAAUUUGAUUACAGCUGAAGGAGCCAAGCUCAUUGCAAUGAGCAAAACAAUGCAAAAUUUGGAGGAGCUUUCUUUGAACAACUGUGAUAUUGGGGAUGCGGGAAUGAUUGCCAUUUGUGAAAGUGAUUUUUUGAAAAAGUUGAAAGGACUACACGUAACAGACAACAAUCUUUCUCACAAAAGUGUUGUAUCGUUAACCUCUAGUACUUUUUGUAGCACGUUGGAACAACUGACACUGGAUUUUAACAAAAUUGGACAUGAAGGAGCAAGCGUGUUAUCAAUUGCAUCAUUUCCAAACCUGAUCACACUAAGUUUAACAAGGUGCAACAUUGAAAACGAUGGACUGUUCUUUAUUUCUAAUAGCCCGACUCUUAACAAGCUUACUACGUUAUCCCUUGGUCUCAACAGCAUUACAACUUUGGGCGUUCAAGCUAUCUGCAACAGUCCAUAUUUGAAAAAUUUAGACUGCCUAUCACUGUUUGGAAAUAAUAUCACCAGUGAUGAUGUCAAAUUAAUUGCAAACAAUUUGAAGCAUUUGACGUUUUUUACUGCAGACGGCUUGGCCACUCCUCAACUGAACUCAUAUUUAUCGAAAUGCUUGCCAUCUUGUGAAUUUUAUAUAUAA